GGGGUGACGACGGAGAGGAGGAGGGCUCCCCGGGCGCUUUGGACGCGGUUCAGGAAUCCGCCGCCGCCGCUCGCGGCUCGGGCGGAGCGGGGAGGGCGCCAGGCAGCACCGAUCGCUCGCUCGCUCGCUGGCCGGGGCGGCGCCCGCCUGGCGCCUCUUCUCGCCGGGUGUGCGAACCGGCGGGGCCGGGCCGCGCCGCGCCUCCCUCUUGCCUUCCCGGGGGAGGGCGCGGAGCCGGGGCCCCGGGGGAGCUGGUUCCGCUGAGCCCCAGGCAAAGUUGCGAGCGGAUGCUGCCGGCGCCGGACCCCAGCCGCGGAGAGUCGGACCCGCCCCCGCCGGAGGAGGCUCAGGGGCUGCGGAUGAGGGCGUCCCCCACCUGAAGACAACGAGCCCGUCCUGAGUGACGCCCCGGAGCUGAGUGCCCACGGCCCCACCCUUCCCCAUGGAGAAAGGACUUGCUUUGCCCCAGGACUGCCGCGACUUUCUGCACAGUCUGAGGAUGAGGAGCAAAUAUGCCCUUUUCCUGGCUUUUGUGGUGGUGGUUUUUGUCUUUAUCGAAAAGGAAAAUAAAAUCAUAUCAAGGGUCUCGGACAAGCUGAAACAGAUCCCCCAGUCCCUGGUAGAUGCCAACAGCACUGACCCAGCCCUGGCCUUGGCUGAGAACGCAUCCCUCCUGUCCCUGAGUGAGCUUGAUUCGGCCUUCACGCAGCUGCAGAGCCGCCUGCGAAACUUCAGUCUGCAGCUGGGCUUGCAGCCCGCCCAGGAGACCCAGGGGCAGGUGGGGGAGGAGGAGCGGCUCCCAGGCCCCGUGGAGCCCCGACCCCGGCGCCACGUCCUUCUCAUGGCCACUACGCGCACUGGCUCCUCUUUCGUGGGUGAGUUCUUCAACCAGCAGGGCAACAUCUUCUACCUCUUCGAGCCCCUGUGGCACAUCGAGCGCACGGUGUCCUUCGAGCCGGGAGGCGCCAGCGCAGCCGGCUCGGCCGUGGUCUACCGCGAUGUGCUCAAGCAGCUCUUCCUGUGCGACCUGUACGUGCUGGAGCAUUUCAUCAGCCCCCUGCCUGAGGACCACCUGACCCAGUUCAUGUUCCGCCGCGGCUCCAGCCGCUCGCUCUGCGAGGACCCCGUGUGCACGCCCUUCGUCAAGAAGGUCUUCGAGAAGUACCACUGCAAGAACCGCCGCUGCGGCCCGCUCAACGUGACGCUGGCCGCCGAGGCCUGCCGCCGCAAGGAGCACAUGGCGCUCAAGGCCGUCCGCAUCCGGCAGCUGGAGUUCCUGCAGCCCCUGGCCGAGGACCCCCGGCUGGACCUACGUGUCAUCCAGCUGGUGCGCGACCCCCGGGCCGUGCUGGCCUCCCGCAUGGUGGCCUUCGCCGGCAAGUACGAGACCUGGAAGAAGUGGCUGGCCGAGGGACAGGACCGGCUGAGAGAGGAGGAGGUGCAGCGGCUGAGGGGCAACUGUGAGAGCAUCCGCCUGUCGGCGGAGCUGGGCCUGCGGCAGCCAGCCUGGCUGCGGGGCCGCUACAUGCUUGUGCGCUACGAGGACGUGGCCCGCAGGCCCCUGGAGAAGGCCCGGGAGAUGUACCGCUUUGCAGGCAUCCCCCUGACCCCGCAGGUGGAGGACUGGAUCCAGAAGAACACCCAGGCGUCCCGGGACAGCAGCGGCAUCUACUCCACGCAGAAGAACUCCUCCGAGCAGUUCGAGAAGUGGCGCUUCAGCAUGCCCUUCAAGCUGGCGCAGGUGGUGCAGGCUGCCUGCGGCCCCGCCAUGCACCUCUUCGGCUACAGAUUGGCGCAGGAUGCCGCCUCCCUCACCAACCGCUCUGUCAGCCUGCUGGAGGAGCGAGGCACCUCCUGGGUCACGUAGGGGCCUGGGGCCACAUGCAACCCUCCUCAUGAAAGUGCCGCCCUGCCUUCCUCACCCAGGCCAGCUGUGAGCUGGUGGCGCUUGCAGAGGAUGGCGGGUCGCCCCGCUGGGAGCAGGCGCCCCCUGCUGUAGAAGUAGCCCCCAGGCAGCUCGCUCCCCCACCAGGGCCGUGGGCUGGGGUUUCUUGCUGAGAACAGGACAGUGCCCUGCCCCCUUGAGGGCCAUCCAACCAAGACCCAUGGGGCAGGCCCAGCCUAUUGACAGUGUGUCUCUCUCACACACAUGCACACACACAUGCACGCAGAAACGCACCUGAAGCUGAAGCACACAUAAAUGCCUGUAGACCUCGUGGGCCACAGUCCAAACCUUUAACAGCGAGAAGGGGCUGUGAGCACUGAGCACAGUCCCUGGAUUUCUGUACAACGCACUGUGGAUUCUGGGUGGGCCCCUCUGUAAAGGGCUACAAAAGGCACACGCAGGCACAGGAAUGAGUACUGCAUGCACACCACACGUGGGAAACAUCAUAAAAACACAAUCCCACACACACGCAUAUGUGGACACACAAGCUUUCCCACUGCUUUAGGCCCACAGGGUUUAUCUGUAUCACACACUUGAGAGGAGCUUUUAGUUAUGUGGGAGCAGGGGAAGGAAAUACGGCCUCGGCCACAGCCCCGCUCUCGGACUGGGUUGGGAUGAACAGUGGACACAGAACUGCCGAGUCCAUACCCCGUGUCCGCGUGGAGUCUCAGGGCUGCCUCCGCUGGCCCGUCCACGUCCUCACUGCUGGCAGGCAGGAUAUUCUGAAAUGGUGCUGUUGAUCCUCACGUGACUGCAGCCCCAAGUCCCCAUCCCAGCUUGGCUGGUGUCCUAGCGCGGGUCCGUAUUUGAAGGCCACCUCAGGCCAGACUGGCAGGAGCAGCUGUGAUCCCUGGAAGCAACAGGCACCUCACGGGUCCCGCAGCUUCCAACCAGGCCCCUGUGGGGCAGGGCCCGGUGGCAGUCCAGGGUGCUCCCGGGGGAGAGGUCCCAUCGGGAUAGCCCCUCCCCUGAGAAGACAGGGAGAGAUCAGCCCCCUGGUUCGUAGCCAGAGUUACAUGGUUAGUGUCUGGAAUUCCUCCUUUAGGGCUCCGGGAAGAGUAUUGCUUAACUUGGGAUGGGCUUGGUAUUUGUUUUCUGUUUUUUGGGGGGGUGGUUAGGGUAUUUAUGGCUUGGUGUUUUGUUUUGUGGCUGUGUUUUCAUUUUUGUUUCUGCCGAAGUGCCUCUUGGAAGCAACCUGCGCCCGAGGGGCUGGGGCUCUGGGAGGGCUAGGGAAGUGCUCUGGCUCUUGCUGGAGGCAGAGGAGGAGGAGGAAGAGCUUCCUUCCAGAAGGAGCAAAGCCUAGGUGGCCACGCGACGGCCCACCGGGCUCUUCUGUCUCAACGCCACGUGAAAGGAGUCUCAGAAACCACCAGCAUCCUUUGGCCCCUGUCCAGGAGCAGCACAAAUGAGCAGCCCUCACCCCUGCCCCGAGAAGAGGCCAGAUUAAAUCUCUCUCCCAGGCCCGACCACACUUCCUGAGGGGUCAGGGCCCACGACCAAGCAGCAAUGUCCCCAAAGUGGAAGGCUUUCCCCACUCCCAACCCAAGCCGAGGAGCAAAGCUCAGCCCCAUCUCAGAACUUGCAGGAAGCUGUGACAGUUCACUGAGGGCAGUUUCUGAUUUCCUGGACGACCUCUCCGUCCGAGCCGUCCCGCUCGCUGUCAAACCCAGGGGGCUGCGUUUCGGCUUGAGGAGUGUGCACGAGAGGGAAGAACAGGCUCUGAGUCCCCCUGGUGUUGCCGUGGGGAAGGAAGGGGCGUGUCCGGCUGGAAACUGCCUUUUGAAAAGGUGAGGAUGGUAGCCAUCUACGGGAUCCAUUAUAAUCAACGUACUUGAGCUGCUGGGUCUGCAUCACCAUGGACUUCAGUCAUUCCCGGAGGUCUCCAUUCUAGGUUUCCCAGCCCAAGAAUAAGUUGUGCAGGGAGCUGGCUCGAAUUUGGGGUCCAAAUGGACUCCAGCCCUGAGAACUUGACAGAGGGGGGCCAGGAUUUUUCUGGCAGGCCCAGAAGUCCCAGCAGUUCUUCCCCAGCCCCUGCCCCGCUCCCUGUGCUGCUCCCUGCGCCGACCCAGGGCCGGCAGGGGCACGCUCCUCGGUCCAGGGUUCUUCCUGGGUCCUCCCAGUGUGAACAGCAGACUUCCUGCUUUCCAUGUGCAGGGCCAAGGCCUCCACCCUGAGCUCUGGAGACCUUUGGGACUUCUCAGGACAUUGGCAGUGUGUACUCUGCCAGUCGACUUGAUUUAUUUAUUUUGUGAAAAAGAAGAGACAGAAAUGCAUGAUUGUUUGCAGGGACUCAAAGCUGUACCCAAAUCAAGAAAGACAAACUAAUAAUAAUAGAAACUGUGCACUCGCCCCACACAAGGACACUGCGGGACGAUUCAGAAUACAAGAGGGAACCAAACCAAGACUGUGAGAGUCAUGGUGGUCCCAAGCUUUUGUUUGAGGAGGUUCCUUCGUUUGCUCUUGUUGAUUCGAAGAUGCAACAGAAAGGCCCUUUUCUGCUGUACAGCCUUCACCCAGGUGCCUGAAACAUGACACAACCUGAGUAAGCGUUGCCUUGGGGCCCUGGGGGCUUGGGGAAGGGCAGGGUGGGGUGACUGCUGCCUUUCCGUGACCGUGACCGGGGCCUGGUCGGAGCCCUGCCGUUGGGGUUUUCGGCAUGGAACUUUGCUGGGGAAGGCGGUCUGGCCAGAGGCUAGUGCCUUCCUUUCCAGAAUUCUCUGCUGCUGGGGAGCCACCAAGGUCCACCUGCCCGGAGACAGAGGGAGCAGCUGAGGCCUCGCCUCACAGUGGCUGGCUUCCCCAGAACAGGAGGCCCAUUCAGCAGUGCACACUUACUCAUUUUUUUCUUCUUCAAGAAGAUCCCUUUAGCCUGGCCUAUAUAAAUAGCUCCGAACAUUCCAGACCGUGGUGAGACGGGGCAGUGUCUGACAGCCGCUGGCCAUCGUGGCCACUGCCCAUUUCUGGCUUCUCUUCUGUGCCUUGUUUGUGAACCUUGGCGUGGAUGAGGGCACAGGGGAGAAGGGUCGGUGGGGGCAGCUCUGUCACACGCCCCCACAGGCUAUCACUGAUUUAUUGCUGAGAGGCAUGAGGAAUUCUAGGCUUGUCCCUUUAUGUGAUGCACACUUGAAAAUAAAUGACUAAAUGAACAGAACAAAACUGUUCAAAAUGAAGAAUUGACUCCCUACCUGCCAGCACCGUCAGACAGAGGCCAGUCUAACGGGGCGGCUGCUGACCAAACCCCCAAGAACAGAAGCCACCCACUCCAGCCACGAUGGUGGCAUCUCUCCCUGCCACCUCUGCCAUCUAUCUGACAAUAGAACAAGUUCCAGCAGGAGGUCAGAGGGUCCCUGACCCUGCAAGUCUCUUCCGGCCCUGGGGGACCCUCCCACUCCAGGGUCUGUCUUCGCUGGCUGUGGGGCCUGUCCUUAGAUAGCCCUGAAUUGUGAGGGACAAGAGCAGAAGACCCGGUGGCUGUGUCCCCCAGGAGACCCUCCCACUCCAGUCCCUGAAGGCUGAGUGCAGUGGCGGGUCUCAGAAGGGCGGUUCCUGAGUCAGGAAGAGCUACGGAGAGAGGAGGCUGGGGGAGCGGAGGCCUGCAGAACUCAAAAGGGUCUUGUCAGUCUGUACAUACUGAAAGGAGCAUCCGCUGAAAUCCAGGGGCCUCAGCUUCCUGAGUUCACUCAUGAAGACUCCCAGGAUGUGGUCUAGCUGGACAGGAGGGAGGAGGCCCGGGGUUUCCUGAAUGCAGCCUCGAUGCCUCUCCACCGCCACGGUUUCAGGAAUAGUUGGAGCUGCUCUUGACCUCAAAAGGACAAGCAGAACUGUUGACUUCAGAUGUCUUAAGAGCUUCAAGAUCCUUGGUCUCGUGUCCUUUGUCAUUCCAUGACUGUGCCCGGGGAACCAAUCAGUUACGUGUUUCCAAGGGUACGGUCACGCGCCAUCCACCUGAGCCUGGCUCAUACCGUACUCAGAUAUGCUGUCUGGAAAAUGAAAUGCCCAUGUCCCUGCUUCCUCUAACACCGGGCCUGGCCUGGGUGACCCUGAGUCCCCCUCUCAUCUGUGUGCUUUGGACCAAGUCUGCAUGGCUCCCCCGCUCCCUCCUGGAUCCUGCAAGCUGUCUUUUUGCCAAGACCUCGCCUCGUGUCAUGUUUCCUGGCCACAUGGUACAGGACACUCCUUGCAUGGCCAUGUGUGGCUGUGAUGUGUACAUAUGUGUCCACAUGUGUGUAUGUGUAGCGUGCAGUUCAUUCAGCUCGGCCUCAUUGCUCCCGGCCCCGUGCCAUCGAUGUCCCAGACGACCUCGCCAUGGCUCCAGUCCGCCGUCUCCUGGGAACAAGGGAGCUGCCCUUCAGAGAGCUGGCAGCCACCACCGGUCAGGGUCUGCUUUGUGGAACAGAAUGUGAACCCAUCACUUGAUGGCUUACUUGACUUAUUUAAUUAAAAAUGAAACGUGCAGUGAGCAAAAUGUGAAGUGUGUC